UACGGGUACCUGACCUACGCGGCGGCCGUCAUCGCCAAGGAGGACAAGCGCUGGCUGGACUCCCACCGCCAGAAAGUCCUGGAGCUGGUCCGCGACUACGCCAACCCCAACCGCGCCGACCGCUACUAUCCCUUCGCCCGCCACUUCGACUUCUACCUGGCCCACAGCUGGGCGGGCGGCCUGUGGGUCUUCGACGCGGGGCGCAACCAGGAGUCCUCAUCCGAGGCCGUGAACGCCUACUACGCUCUAUACCUUUUGGGAUCCGCCAUGGAAGACAAGCAGCUAGGGGACUGGGGACGAAUACUCAUGUCCAUGGAGCUGGCGGCCGCCCAGAAAUACUGGCACAUCCCCAGCUCCUCCGCAAUCUAUCCUGCCCCCUUCUCGGCAACCAAGAUUGUGGGCAUUUUGUGGUCCACGCGGGUGGACUACUCCACGUGGUUCGGCCUCAAUGUGGAGUACAUACACUGCAUACAGUACUUGCCGUUCACGCCGCUCACAGAGGUGUUGUUGGACACGGAGAGGACUAUCACGUGGUGGCCGCAGCGCUGGGCCGGCCGGAACCCGCCGCUGUCCGAUUGGUGGCGCGGGUACAUUGUCAUGGCGCACGCCAUCAUAGACAGGGAGGCUGCCUGGAAAGAGGCAUCCACCCUGGAAAGCUUCGACCUGGGCAGCACGCGGGUCAACGUGCUGUACUGGAUCGCCACGCGGCCGGGCCAGGGAGCCCCGCCCAGACCCCUGGGACCCGCACUAGCCGUGAGCGCGCCCCAAGGACCCUUGAUUGGGCCUCAGGGGCCCGUUGGUGGGCGUCAAGAGCCCGUGGGUGGGCGCCAAGAGCCCGUGGGUGGAUCUCAAAGACCAUUGGUCGGGUCUCAAGGGGCCGUAAGGGGGCGGGGGGUGGUGGCGGGGGAAGAGAUGGCGGUGGAUGGCUGCAGGCAGUGCUCCUGCAAGUGCGACUGCAGCGAGGUGGGCGCGGGAGAGAGGGAGGAGGACUGCAGGUGCGCGUGCCGGUGCAGGAGGGUCGAGGGAAGGUCGGACUACUGCUUGGCGAUCUAG